AUUCUUGAUGCUGUCCAGAAUGUCUCUUGCUUUAAUCACCAUACUGGUGGCACUCCCAAAGAUUCACGUCACUGUGGCAUGAGCCUCUCAUCUUGGAAAGCUUCUCCCAAAGUUGUUUAUCCCAGAAAAUCAUCUUGUCCUGCACAUUCUGGUUUUGGUUUUUUUCUAGUUUCCUUGCUCAACAGCCAGAUCAUACAGACAGGGGAUGAAUAAACCCCAUAGUGGUUGAUUUCUUUGUUGUUUUCUUUUGUCUUCAGUAGAAAAAUUAAGGUUGAGAAGGAUUUCAGUAUUGUCUUACAUGAAACUAUCUUUCCAAGUCCACAGUCAGUCUUCCAGGAGGGAAAAACUCCACCCCAACGUGAUUAUGGUCUGCCACACCAAGACUCUUGUCUGAACAUGGAAAUAGCUUCAAGCAGUGGUAACAGGGCCAAGAGCAGGGAGGAAGAAGCAUGAUCAAGAUGAACUGCGUCCUGUUAACCGCCUGCAUCAUUCUGGUUGCUUUUUGUGGUUCUGGUUAUACCCUGAGGUGUUACCACUGUGAGAACAGCCCUUCCUUGUGCAAGACCAACAGCACUUGCUUAGCGACUGAAGAUACUUGCUUGCAGAUGAAAUUCGGUAAACUGAGAACUUCUUCCUGCUGGAAGACAUCCCAGUGCAGAAUGAAUGACAUUGCUGAGUUCUUCCAGUUGGAUAAUUUUAACUUCUUUUGCUGCCAACACGACUUGUGCAAUGAGAGCGCAGUUACUGGGGUUAACAAAGCAGCUUUGAGUGUUGCCUCUGUAAUGACUGUGUUGUGGAUGCUUCUGUAAUAACAACCCUGAUUUGUAUGCUGUACUUUCAAGCUGAAAUUGUUCAUAAUCAUCAGCUCUUUCCUAAAUGGUCCAUCUCACAUUUUCAGUUCCAAACAAUGGGCAGCAACGUUACCUUUUCAUCUUAAAUGUUGUUUCCUGAGGUCCCAUCUGUUAAAUCAAUCAUUGGCAGGGAGACAUGUGUUGUUACCAGCUAUGGGGAAUUGGAGUGUUUUGACCUGUCCAAUUCAUGGGGAAAAAUAACUUGGUAUCAAAUAUUGUUGUGGAGAAGCUAGGCAAGCUUCAGUGGGUGAUGUGAAAAGGGAGGAAUACCGUAGGUUUUAUGCUGGAAAACUAUCAUUUCAUCCCAGAAAUGGUAAUUACUUUUGGUUGGGAUUUCUGUGGGUGGGGGAUUGUUGUUGCUGAGGUUGGGGGUUUUUUUGGGUGCCCUUUUGUCAUCCACCAAGCAGCAGGUUUGCCCUCAGCACAAGAAGCAUUUCAUCAUGACAAGUAUGGAAAUAUUUAGCUUGAAGUGAUACAGACUCUUGUUCCCAUCGCUGCAACGUUUAUUUUUACAAGGCAGUGCUAUAACCUAGUGAGCACCAUUAUUUUGGGAGAAAGCAUCUCCAUCUCUUACACCAAAGCCAAAAUAAUGCUAUAAGUGAGAAACAGGGUUUUUUUCCCCCCUUCUUUUUAUAGUUCUGUGAGCAUGCAGACAGCACAUGCUAGCUUCUUUCUUUGCCUUAUGCUUUAUCCAUCUCUAGGCUGUUAACUAAGCAUGUGCUUGGCACUGAGUAUUUAUUGGUAUACUGAGAAUGGUUUGUAAAAUGCUAAGGAAUUGAAAUGGCACAUCUAGUUUAGGUUGUUCAAAACAAUGACAUGUAAACUUAACCCUUCAAGCUUCCACCUGUAAGAGUGGGAGGGGAAAAAAAAACCUUGCAGAACUUGAUUUUUCUGACUUUUAUGCAGCUCUCUAAAUGCCAAUCCAAAAGGUAUGUGUAUUUAUAUAGCAUGGCUAGAAAAACACUCUGUGUGUGUCAGAGGUCUGGGGGUGAAGUAUUCUGCACGUUGCUCGGCCUCACUGGUGGAGGAGACAGACCUUUGAUACUUCUCUGGUACUUAGGGACCCUCUGAGUCAGGUACAAUGUCAAAGUCUCCUUUUUCUCUUCUGGAGCUCAUGGCAUGUCCCUGCAAGGGUCGUGGUCCAUUGCCAAUGGCUUAUUCUCUUUCUCAGGACCCUUGCUUAUGCUGUGCAAGGUGCCAGUGACACCAGUGCACCCACAAGAGUGUUACUCCAAAUCUGUGAUAUAUUCUGCAGUGGAUCUUUUGGUUAACCUUAGCUAUGAAAACAUCCUGAGAUCUCUCUGGUCACUCAAAAUAUGGAUGUCAUCCUGUCUUUGUUUAAU